GAGAGAGAAAUUAAAAAAAAAGUUUUGAAAUAAAAUGCAUUGAUCAUGAGAAGUGAGAACAUUAUGCAGAGUAAUGAUGAUACUUUAUUUAGACUGGUUUUAAAAAAUAUUUUGUCUUUCCAAAGCAUGCAAUAAAAAGUGGUGAUGAAAACAGAAGUUAGAAUAAGGAAAGAUGGUGAAGGUAUCCACGUAGACAAUGUAGAUCUAUUUAACGCGCACACUAAUAUCAUACACUUACUACACAUUAUCUUUAUCUCACCUCCCAUACCUCAACCGCUCCACCCUCAGCUCCGCCGCGAACGGCAUUGUUCCCACCGCCGCUGUUCAAAAUACACGCUUUUGCAUCGAUUACUACACCUUGUCUCAAAUCUCCCUCCGCCGCCGCCAAACCCCUUCUCCGACGACCUACUUUCAUAUAGUUCCUCCUGAUACAGGUCCUUCUCAAAUUCAUGAUAAGGAAACUCUUCUACAAAGUUUGUAAACAUGAUUACAUUAGAAAGCAUUCUAAAAGUGCAAGUACCUACCAACCACUAGAUUCAUUAAGCAGAAUGACUAGACUAAUGGAAAAGCCAACAGAGUAUGUUCUUUGUAAUGCACUUAGCUCUUGUUCAAAAACCAUGAAUUGGCAUUUCGGCAUACAAAUCCACUCGUAUAUGAUUCGAUCCGGAUAUGAAGAUAAUAUGUUCCUUAGUACUGCACUUGUUGAUUUCUAUGCAAAAUGUUGUUGCAUUGUGGAUGCAAGGAAGGUAUUUAGAGCCAUGAAAGUACAUGAUCAAGUAUCAUGGACUUCACUUAUUGUUGGAUUUUCAGCAAACAAAUUAGGAAGAGAGGCUUUCUUGCUGUUCAAAGAGAUGUUAGGAACUCGUAUUAGGCCUAAUUGUUUUACCUUGACUAGUGUUGUUAAUGCGUGUGUGGGGGAAAAUGGAAUCGUUGAUUGUUGUCCAAGUCUUCAUGUUCAUGUCAUCAAAGGAGGAUUUGAUACUAGCAAUUUUGUGAUUAGUUCAUUGGUUGAUUGUUAUGCGAGUUUUGGACGGAUUGAUGAUGCUGUGUUAUUAUUUGAUGAAACGAGUGAGAAGGAUACUGUUAUAUACAAUACUAUGAUCUCUGGAUAUUGUCAAAAUCUGUAUAGCGAAGAUGCACUGAAACUAUUUGUGGAAAUGCGAGGGAGAAAUAUGAGUCCUACUGAUCAUACUGUGUCUUCGAUUUUAAGUGCUUGCAGCCGUCUUGCAGUGCUUGUAGAAGGAAAACAAGUGCACUCUCUGGUCAUUAAAAUGGGUUUUGAGAAUGUGUUUGUGGACAGUGCUUUGAUUGAUAUGUAUUCAAAGGGUGGUGACAUUGAUGAGGCUCGGCAUGUGUUGGAUCAAACUUCUCGGAAGAGUACGGUGUUGUUGACAUCCAUGAUCAUGGGUUAUGCUCAAUGUGGAAGAGGUUUAGAGGCUUUGGAAUUUUUUGAUUAUUUAUUAACCGAGCAGAAGUUGAUUCCUGAUCAUGUCUGCUUUAGUGCUGUCUUAACAGCUUGUAGUCAUGCAGGAUUUAUUGACAAAGGGGAGGAAUAUUUCAACAAAAUGAGAACAGAUUACGGGCUGUCACCUGAUAUAGAUCAAUAUACUUGCUUGAUUGAUCUUUAUGCAAGAAAUGGUAAUCUAAGGAAGGCGAGGGAUUUAAUGGAGGAAAUGCCUUAUGAUCCUACUUGUAUAAUAUGGAGUUCCAUUUUGAGUGCCUGUAAGAUUUAUGGAGAUGUAGAGCUUGGAAGAGAGGCUGCUAAUCAGCUCAUUAAGAUGGAACCGUGUAAUGCAGCUCCAUAUUUAACUCUAGCACAUAUCUAUGCAAGAAAAGGUUUAUGGAACGAAGUAUCUGAAGUUAGGAGCCUUAUGCAACAAAGGGUUAAGGGAAAGUCUGCCUGGAGUUGGGUAUAGGUAGAGGGAGAUGUUAGAAUAUUAAAAAAUAUCUUAGGAUCAGAUUUUAUAUUAGUACAUAUUAUUAUCAUGAUCUGUUCUUGAUUUAGGGCUGAGUUUAUGUAUCCCUAUAAAUAGGAAUUAGUAUUUAGCUUUUUUGGAUCAAGCCAAUAUCAAGCUAUUGUCGAUAAUAUUUUUUACUUGUAUUUUACCUAAAAUCCCACAACUUUAACAGUAGAUAACCAAGUUCAUGUCUUUGCAGUUGAUGAUUUUAGUAUGUUACCCAUCAACGUUCAAAUAAAACCUCUGCAGAUUUAAAAAAGCUUUACUUUGGAAUUAUGGAAGUUUCACCCUAUGUAAUAGGGGAUAGCAAUAUUCAAGCAUAGAUUUACUCACUUCACGUGGAAUGCAUGUUCUAAUUUAUGAUGAAAAAAGCUAUUACUUUCACGGCAUUAAUCAGUGCAUGACUGUUGAUAAUUAGUUGUUUACAAAAUAUGGCUGAAUUUUACUUCCCGAGAACCAUAGAUAUUGCCUAAAUAAAGCAUGCUUUGUGGAUCUGUGAUAUUUUACAGAUCUGACUUGGAUAUAAUUCUGUCAAGGUGAUUGAUUGUAAAGAUUUUUAUGCAAGUUAAUAGUUUAGAAGGCCAUAUUAUAAGCCUCGCCAUAGAAGAAGGAGCUGAUUGGUCGUAGUUCAAGUUCAAGUUCCCUUUAGGAUGACACUUUAGGGAGCUCAAGUGAUGGCAGAAAAAAUAAUUUGACUGGGAAAGUAGCCUUUGUAAACCAUGGUAUGUCUUUUUCUAGCAUCUAUUUACUAUAAUUAUAUUUUAGCAAAAUAAGAAUUAGCUCGCAUUAGCAAACAAAAUCUGUUUCAUGCUUCGAGCCACUUGAAGUGUCUCUGAUAUGCAGAAACUUUAAUAUGUAUUAUGAUUUUGCAUAUGGUUGUAUACUAUUGUCAACUUUAUAAUAUAUACGCUGUUAAGAAAGACUGGGAGAUAGGUGUAUGUAGGGCGAAACAUCAUGCUAUCAGGAAGGUUUUUUCUGUUAUGGGUGGUAGAGACUAAAAAUUGUACUUUCAGGGAGGCUUUUGCUAAAUAGGAGAGUAUUUCUUUGAGUAGUGGGAGUAAUUGGACUAAACGGCACAAGUAUUCAAAGUGCAACGUUCAAGGACAUUUUCUUGUUGGACAUGUUGAAAUUUCUUCUUGGUGGUUAGGCCUAACUCAAUCCUACAAAACCGGCUUGUAGGGUGAGGAUUGCCCCCACUUAUAAGGACAUGUUCAGGCCAUAUAUUGUCCGAUGUGGGACUCUUAACACACCCCCUCACGCCCAGGACUAGACAACUGGAGCGCGGAAAUAAAUGGUGGGUGGCCCGAUAGCGGAAACCAUAGAAGGUGGCCCACCGGAUCUUAAACGAGGCUCUGAUACCAUGUAGAGAAUUGAAUAUUUGGUAAAAUGCUUGAGUUCCUAAUGCACUCAAGUAAUUUGAUUAUAUACACACUAGAGAGUAAAUACAAGAUAAGAUUUUCAAGGAUGUUGCUAGUUCCUAGAUACAUGUAUGUAAUUUUCUAGGCAUAGACUCCUAGGUACAUGAAUUGACUCCUAAAUACAAAUUUAUAAUUCCAAUAUUUUAUAAUUCCAACAGUGUGCAUUCAGGAUGUUUGAUUCAGGGAAAGUUGUGUUUAUUGGCCCCACAUCAUCUUCCAUGUCUUGGGCAGAAGUAGGGUUAAUUUGCACAUCAUACAGUUUCAUGCUAUGCUUCGUAUAUUCUUGAUCCUUCUUUGCUCGAGAUUUCCUUUUCAAAGGAACCUCAACAUGUUCUUCAUCCUAUUGAGGCAAAUUUUGUGAUGAAAAAAAUAGUUUGGAGUAUUAUGAUGGUAGGGAAAGAAAAAGAUGUGGUUAUACUUCUUUAAUGAAUUUUUCUAGUCUUGUUGGUGGAUUUCCAUGCGUCUUCUUUUUCUUAUUUGAAAUGCAUUUGGUGUUGCUCUCUCUAUUUUUCUAGGUUUAUCAGCAUGAUUAAAUUCUAAUUCUAAUGCUGUAUUUUUUAAUAUAUUGCCUUUUUUAGUAACGUAUAGGGUUAAGGAUUGAGAAAAAUAUUAUAAAAAAUCAUAGUAUUAAACGGAUUAUUAGUUUAAAUAUUAACAAAUUUCAUUUAUUCAGUACUAAUUGGAUAUGGAUUUUAAUGCUGUAUUGAUUGAGUAAGCAACAGAGUGAGAGUUGGAAGCAAAAAGCUCUUGGUGUGGUGUGGUGAUGAUCUUGAAAGGAAGGUACCUAGGUUUGUUCUGCUUUCCAUCCAUGUAACAUUUUAAUCUCUAAGUAUUAGUAAUCAUAUGUUUACUUAUUGAGUGAUGAUGAUGAUGAUGAUGAUGAUGAUGAUGAUGAUGAUGAUGAUGAUGAUGAUUUUUCUAUAAACUUUAAGAUAGUUUAGAAUUUGAAGAUAUUUUGGAUGCAUUAUCCUCUAUGUGAUGAUGUAUAACUCUUUUCUUUGUAUGAAAUGAACCAAUUGUUCAUUUGUGUAGUUUGGUUGCAUUGCUACUAGAGAGUAGAGAACAUAACAUAUCAGGCAGUGUUAGUCCUACUAAUUCGAAGAAAAAAAACUUGAUGGAAACCUGGUAUUUUAUUACUAAUGUAGAAUGGUGCAAAUUUUUUUAGGGUGUGGGGGUUCUCCUAAUUAAGCCAUGAAAUGAAAAUUUUGGAGGUAAUCAAUGCUGUUAAAAUAAUGUCAAUAUACUUGUAAAAUUAUGGUGUAGAUUGUGCCAACAACUUGUAGCAUUGUAGAGUCAACCUAGCUUUUAUUCUUGGAUUAUCUCAUGUCAUUGCUCUUCCUUCUUUCUAAAUUCUGAAAAUAAGAAGUUAAGGGGAGCCAGCACCGCCGAUGAAUUGAACCGAUACAUGUUAUGCUAGACAUUCAUUGUUUAGUUGUUUGCUCUGAGCAGAAACGACAGACUCCUCCUGGUAGAAGAAGCGCUUCUGGCACAGACACUGGAAUCCUAUUCAAGACGAUCGUGAUGGAAAUUGAUCAGUGGAGGCCAAAAGCAUGGUACGUUGAUUAUAUUUUCUGUUUCUUCACACACCAUGCUUGAAUUCUGUUAUUUUGUAAAACACUGUCGCUUGGUAUUAUUAGCUAGGCUAUUUUUCGUUUUUUAGUUAAGAUUGCCGAGUUGUCAUCGAAAUUAUACUUAAUAUUUUCCUCUUUUGCUUAGAAGUAAAUUGAACUCACGAGUAUAUUCUGAAAAGCAAUAACAAUGAUCAAAUUAAUAUGCGGUAUCAUUUUAAUAUAUUGUAAAAGGAAAAUUGAACUGUGUAUGCAUGGUAUCAUUUAUUCACACUGCGUAUAGAAUCAUCAAAUCAAAUAUAUGUGUUGUGUUGCUAGGUAGCUUAGCAUCUAAGAUUAUCACCAGGUGCAACACCCAAUUGACUACAAUAUUGCCUGUAGUAAUCAACACGAGCCGUAACUGCCACGGAGUUUACACCAUCACAUUC